AUGCCCCUAUUUUCCAGAAAAAAACGCAAUGAUUACCAGGGUUUCGCCAAAUACACCGAUGGAUACACCUACUCGCCGCCUCCAGUCCAACAGCCUCGUUCUCAGAGCAUGACCAACGCCUCGCUGGCGGCAUUGGCAGCUUUGGCGAUCCACAACAAGAACAACCAGACCAACGAUACCAGUCGCCCGUAUAAUCCGUCUCCCCAGGCCUAUCAGGCCAGCGGCAGAGCAAACUCGCUUGCUGGAAAUCACAGGUCGAAUUCGAUGCGUUCCUAUACGUAUAACCCAAAACCUUCGUACCAGGCUGGACCCCUGGCCAAUCGCAGCUACUCGUUGAGAUCAAACUCGCUUAGGGGAAGUGCUCCACCGGCAAGGUCGGCCUCUCUUCAACAGAGAAUGUCUGCUUCUCAGAGAGCUAGCUCUUUGACUAACAGGACUCCCUCUUUUCCAAGAACCAACUCUCUCACCAGUAGCCCUCUUUCCCAUAGAGCGGGCUCUCUCACAGGGGCUACAAGAGGGCUUGGUCUUGCUCACCAGGGUGUGAGCGAAGAAGACGAAAAUUUCGACGAAGAGGAUGUGAUUGUCACCACGAAAACAACCAAGGUGCUUGAUUCUAUGGGAAGAACAUGCUCCAUCACUACUGAAACCAUCAAGACCCUACCUGACGGCUCCAACAUUGUGGAGACAACGACAAGAAACAUCUCCAGAUCAGGAUCCCGCUCAAACUCCCUCCGCAACAAUUCCAUGACCAUGGCUCACGCCAAUCCCAGCUACAAUCUAAACAAGAUUGAUGAGGAUCUUCAGGAUUUCGACUACACAUACUUGGACCACCCUCCUUCGCAGCUUCCAAAGCUCAACAUGGACGACAGAGCACCACCACACCAACAGGUUCAACCGCAAGCAGCGCUUGGGCCGGCAUUUGAUCCUCCUCGAAGAACCAGUGACACCGCCCCACCGGUAAAUCCGGGUAAAGAGCGCAACGAAGACUCUGUUUCGAGCUCUGCUUCUCCAAGGUUGAAAUCUAUCUUGAAGUAUUCGCCAGCUCCACCUCCUCAAUUGAGUCUGCCUCAACACGCCGAUUCUAGCUUACCUAAGGGUUAUCGAAACCUGGGUGAAGAGGCAAUUCAUCGCCCUCUGCAUGAAGACCCUAAUCAUCACAAGACCGCAGUAGCCUCAAAUGCUUCGGCUGGUAAUUCUAUCAAGUUCUUGGAUACUGUCGAAACUAUUCCCUAUGAAGCCAACUCGCACAAUCUUGCGGAGGUGACUCGUGCUGAAGCGCUUAAGCAGGAGAAAGAGAAGCAGGAGAACAUCAGUAUGUAUGAGCAGGCGAUGAAGGUGGCCAUGGAAAGAGUCUACGGAACUCCUCGAGAAGAAUCACUGUUUCUCACUCCACCAGAUUCUCCCCAAACGAAAAUGGAAAGUCCUCAAGCAAAUCUUGACAAGUUGGUAGACAAGAAGCUCAAGCAUGAUCAUAAGCGUGGAAAAGAUGAGGGUGGUGUCAGUAAGAACUAUGUGUACGAGAACCACCACAAGGAGUUUGCGAUUCAUUCGCUUCGUGGUGAAGAAGAGCCUGGCCACAGCUCUAGGAAGGAGAGAGCCAAGGAGGAAAAGAAGCAACAGAAGGAGGAGGAAAAGAAGAGGCAAGAUCUUCUCAAGUUAGCAGAAAAAGAACGUAAAAAGGAGGAGUCAGAGCAAAAGAAGCAAAAGAGAGGUGCAAAAAACCCACUUUCAUUUCUCAGCUUGAAAAUGAGGAGAGGGAGCUCGGGCUCUGCUACAUCCUCGUCUUAUGGAGGUAUUCAUGAGAAGAGAGACUCUCAUCCCGAGCCUGACCUUUUUGAGGAUUCUCAUCCUACCCAAUCUUCAGAGAGAGUACAUCAGCAGCAAACUGUUGUGGGUCAUCAAGAUGGAACUCGAGACGCUCAAUCGUCUGGAUCGAAAGAUCAUCAGCAGAUUAAGCAACAGACCAUUGAGACACCAACGCAAGCUCAAGGGAAUGCUAUUCAAUCGCCAACAGCUCCUGUGCAAACGUUCGUGGGUGACGUAGUAGCUCCUAAGGAACCUUUAAGGCCAGCCGCCAUCACUGAUGUCAAUGACAUCACCGUUCCACCUAGAUCUCCUUUAAGGAAUGCGGAUACUACAGAGAGGCAUAUGAGGUCAUUGUCCGAAGGCAGCAACAUGACCGAAUUUCUCAAUAAGGAAACCGUCAACCAACCUCCACCCAUAAGUACACAAAUCACUGGGGAAGAAGAACAUUUCCACGACUCAAAUGAUUUCAUCGAUGUGCCAGAGUACUAUGGAGCGGAGGAACCGGCUUAUGCUGAAAAUGUAGUUCCUGAAACCAUGAAUGAGCCAGCAACUCCUAAGGUUGCACAAACUUCUGGGUCCUCCGAUGUGGACAAGGUGGCUCCUGUCGUCUCGCCGUCUGCUGUGAAAGUCAACUCCACGGAACCCCUUCCUACAUCUAUUGAUGUUCCAGAAAGACCUUCCACUGAAGUUCAAGAAGAUACUACAUUGGUGACUCCUUCGCAGACCGAGAAACAGGGUCCUGGUUCUCAAGAGCUACCUACCCUCGUUUCUGGAGAAAAUGGGCACCCAGUCGUAUUGGGCCAGCAAGAAAAUAGCGACAAAGCGUAUCCAACUCUAGACCCUGGAUCGCCCUCAUCCAAGAAAAUGGAAUCUGCUGCUGUUGAUGAUGCUGUUGACACUGCCACAAUACCGUCAGAUAAGUCCGCUGUCAGUGUGCCAGCACCAUCUAGUGAAUACAAGUCAGACGAUGUCAUGCCUACAAGUGUCGGUGCAAUGGAUACCACGCAUGCUACUGAGACUCAGAAUGUUGCUGAUACAGACACUGAUAAGCAAGCGACUGGGGACAAUGAGACUCCUGCCACUGAUGUGGUAACACCUGCGGUAGUCGUGAACGAUUCUGAAAACAUUCAGGGAAUUAAUGCAGCGAAUGUCUCAGAUGUGAAUUCUGCUGUUCCCAAUAUCACCGCUACAAACCCAGAUGCUGAAUGCGCUGCUGAUAGAAUUGAGCAAGAGCAGCCUUCACAAUCCUCGGGAGAUAUGACGGAGGUGUCUGUGCCUUCGCAACAAGAGAAAAAUACCAAGCCCAAGACGAAAAAAGGGCUGAAGUUCAAGAGAAUGAUUGACAAGUACUUCAUCAGUCCACACAACCGCUAA